UCACAACACACCGCGUGUCAGGCGUUCACACGAGCAUGGCGUGGCAUCACUUCGCACGAGAGGGGCAAUGCCUUGAUCGAGUUUCAUUCUUCCAAAGAAUUACUGCACAAUCGAACUUACCUUUUUCGACUCAACACAAACUACUCCUCAAAAGCCUGCCAGUGUUUGGCCGGCUAUCACGGUACUGACACUGACCUCGCCGUGUUGACAUCACCAUACUUGCAGUCUCAGCGACCUCAACAUGACAACAGCAGCAACAGCAGCUAUUGAGCGUCUUCCGGUGGAAUUAUUGCAGCCCAUUUUCGCGGCUUGCGAUUUCAAUCUCGCUCUGGUCCAAGCAUCCGAUGUAUUGGGUGCACGACUAUCGAGCGAAUACGUUUACCACAACACGUGCGAUUAUUUCUUGACAGAUCGAUGCGAGAACCAUGCUGUACGCUCGGCAGCACAGUCCGCUAUCUUUGCCAGCAGGUGGAUGACCUGGUCAUUCCUUAAGAGUUGGAUCACGAAAACGUAUGCCAGCAGUGGAUGUCUGUGCGGUCUCAGAUCGGAUGAGGGCUGUUUCGACGCACAAUGGCCGCCAAAUUUCAAAGAUGCGACGUGCAUGGUGUUCUCACGAAGUCAUUUACCACGGCUCGCUUUUGUGCACUGCCGACUGCCGAAGAAACUUCUUGCCGGGCCAUGGACACCGGAAAGGGUUGAAUAUCUCCGAUUCCUACUUUGGAUCACCAGUAUGACAAUCGAUUGGCGGGAUCAAGAGACAUCUCGACUUGCCAUGGAAGGGAGACGACAGGCGUUCCUUGAAAACAACCUUGAAGCCGUAGAGCUUUUCAACAACAACCGUCGACUCGGUAAGCCACCGACGCUCGAGACAGUGCGAUUCGCCCUUGCGGAGGCAAAAUGCAGCCGUUCUAUCAUUUAUGAUACUUUGCGCAGUGUGUUCAGAUGGAAUUCACCAAAUGAUACCUGGGAUUAUUCCACGCUUCACCAAUGGUGCGAUCAGCAUAUUCGGGUCGACGAUAUCCGAGGCUUGUGGCUGAAAGGAAUGCUGCGAAUUCUGCAUGCUGAAGCUGAAAGUUAUAACAAGAGCGAUAAUAGGGACGUCCUGUUCGGCAACAUGGUUGAUGCAGCGGCGGAAUCAUACGGGGCUGAAUUGGGAGAUGUGUUCAGCAGGCACGAAUUGUCGUGGAACAAGACGAUAGUAACUCGUGGUUGGCUCAUUGUGGGCUCCCUUUUACCAACACAUCAUCGUGUUGCUCACCAAAUUCAUUGGACUCAGGUCAUGCAACAAGCUGGGCCGCGUAUGUACUCGGGACCUAGCUGUCCGCGAAGGUUGAGCUGCUGUAGUGGGGACGGGAGGGACGUACAGCAGGGGCUGGCUUGGUUGAACGUUCCAACCUCACGCUGAGAGUCUCUUUCGGUUCCCUAACAUCAUGGAUGAACGUGUAACGGAGGAUUCUUCAGAGAUCGGCGCCAGAUUGGGUGGUUUUACUGGUCACGACACGACCCUACAAAGAUGGGUGUGCAGCGCGUGGUUCGCGAGAAUCUGGGCGACUUCUGGA